GCCAGCCAAGUCACAGCCUCCAGGGCACCUUCGGGCGGGCAAGCGGGUGGUGGGUCCUGAUCUCUCGGAGACCAGAACGUGGGAUUCUGGGCAGAGAUGGCCCUGCAGAGCCAGGUGUGGUCUCCGGCCACACCCAUGUUGAUACAGCGAUGACUGUCUACUAAGCGCCCUGCAGUACUACAGUCAGCUUCCAGUUUCCAGAGGGAGCCCAGAUGGGGCCAGGGGUGGCCCUGGAGGCUGUGAAGCGGGAUCCUGGGAUGCUGCAAGGAGGACAACGAUGGGAGUAUCUCAGGCCCAUGGCUGAGAGCUCCCUCUACCGGCAGCGACUGGAGGUCAUUGCGGAGAAGCGGCGGCUGCAGGAGGAGAUCCGUGCAGCGCGAGGGGAGCUGGAGGAAGAGAAGCUCCGCGUGGAGCGGCUCAAGAGAAAGUCUCUUCGGGAGCGGUGGCUAAUGGAUGGGGCUGAGGGACAUGAGGGACCAGAGGACGCCACCUUGCAGGACCCUCAGUCCCCCGAGGGCCAGGCACAGGCCCGCAUCCGGAACCUGGAAGACAGCUUGUUCACGCUCCAAUCUCAGCUGCAGCUGUUGCAAAGUGCAUCCACAGGUGCCCAGCACAAGCCUUCUGGCAGACCCACCUGGCGCAGACAGGGUCAUCGUCCACUCUCCCAGCCCACUGACGAGGCAGACCAGACUGAUCUGAACAAGAGAGCCUCCCUGCCAGCAGAACCAGUGGGCACAUCCCUGGAGUACCUGUCUGAGUCCAGAGAUGAGACUAUUGGGGUUCUGCCAGCCUCGACGAGGGUCCUUGAGGCAGCAGGGGCCUCCCCAGAAGCCAAUGGCCCCUGCCCCAGACCCAGCCCCACUCUGGAACAGGAGCAGAGUCAGGGGGUGACAGCAUCUGAAGGAGGGGUGGGUGAGGCCAAAGGAGGGGGCGUGGUGAAAGUAGUGUGGGAGGGGCUGAGGGUCACAGAGGACUGUGCCAGGGAAGCCACCGGCCCAGAGCUGGAGGCUAAGGUGGAAGAGAUGGUGCUGGAAGCCAUUGGUGACAGGCUGGAAGCCAACCGCCCAGAGCUCCCGUCCUGGGUGAAAGAGGACAGGGGUGUCGUGGAGGUGGUCUGGGAAGGGGUGGGAGGCACAGAGGGCAGUGACUCAGAGGCUGCAGGGGGGACAGGCAGAGGCCCACAGACUGUGCAGACCAGCUCACUGAAGCUCCAGGGGGGACUAGAGGGAAUAGCUGCUGGAGGAGAAGGGGCCCCCAGGGGCAGCCCUGAUGGCUUCAGGCAGGGGGCCUCUGGAGAGGAGGGAUCCUUCAUUUGGGUGGAGAGGGUGACCCUCAGUGAGGAAUGGGAGGAAUUGCAGGUGGAGGGGUUGGAAGGGCCGAGUGCACUGGGGAGGGAGGGAGGAGAUGAGAGUCCUCGGGGGGUGGACAGUGGGAGAGGGGGGGAAAACUGGGAAGUGGAGAGGAGACAGGCAGAGGAAUCUGUGGGCACAGGGAAGAAAGAAAGUGAGGAAAAGGCAAGGGCAGAGUCCGGGGUCGUGGAGAUGUCACUGAUAGUGGAGAGGAAAGGAGUGGAGGAACCCUUGAAGCCAGAGAGGAGAGAAGGUGAGGGAAAGGUGGAGACAGAGAAGCAAGAUGGUGAGGAACCAUUGUCAGCAGAAAGCAAGGAAACAGAGGAACCUUUGAGGGCAGAGAGAGAAAGAGGUGAAGAGCCAUUGGGAGUAGAGCAGAGUGGAGGUGAGGAAAAGCUAGAGGCAGAGAAAGAGGCUGAGGAACCAUUGGGCGUAGAAAGCAAGGCAAUUGAGGGAUCAUUGAAGGCAGAGAAGAAAAGAGGUGAGGAAAAGCUAGGGGCAGAGAAGAAAAUUGAGGCACCAUUGGUUGUAGAGAAGAAAGGAGAUGAAAAAAAGCUAGAGGCAAUUGAAGAACCAUUGAUGACAGAGAGAAAGAAGGGUGAGGAGUCACCAACAGUAGAAAAAACAGGAGAUGAGGAGCCAUUGGAUGCAGAGAAAAAAAAUGAGGAAUCACUGAAGGCAGAGAGAACAGGAGGUAAGGAAUCAUUAGAGGCAGAGAAGACCAAGGAGGUCAAGGAAGAUGUAAGUCUAGAAGAGCAGAGAAAGUCAAGAGGAAAAGAAGGUCAGACAGAGGAGGUGAGUGAGGCAGGGGCUUCCCUAAGGGCCAAGGAAGAGCUCAGGUCUGAAGAGGAGGGACCACAACAGCCCAUGGGGGCCAAGGAAGAGCUCAGGUCUGAGGAGGAGGGACCACAACAGCCCGUGGGGGCCAAGGAAGAGCUCAGGUCUGAGGAGGAGGGACCACAACAGCCCAUGGGGGCCAAGGAAGAGCUCAAGUCGGAGGAGGAGGGACCACAACAGCCCAUGGGGGCCAAGGAAGAGCUAAGGUCAGAGGAGGAAGGACCACAGCAGCCCCAAGAGAAGCAGAAAGGCUCCCUGGAGAAAGAAGCAAUGAAGCCCCAAACCUCUGCUGAGGGCCAGGACACCUUGGGAGAUGCCACCCCCCUCUUGGCAGAGACCCCAGCUCCUGAGCAGCCCACCGAGUGCCAGCCACUACUUCCAGUGGAGGAGCCCAGGGCCAACCCCAGUGCCCACCCUGUGCCCACCUAUGCACCUGCCCAGCAGCCUGAGCCAUCUGCUCCUCCUGAGGGUGAAGAGGCAAGUGGCCCUAAGCAAAAGACGUGCCAGUGUUGUGCGGUGAUGUGAGCCUGUGCCUUCCACCCCACGCCUCAUUCCUCUCACAGCUACCUCGGCCUCUUGGCAUCCAGCAGAGGGCCCCAGGCACAGACAGGGCACAUGAGACUGGCCGUGGCAUCUGGGAGCCUGCUGGCCCACACAUCCACCUCCACCUGGGCUUCCAGACCCCUUGCCCACUGCCUGUGACCCUGGCCCCCUUCUCCAACUAAGCCUUUAUACUUGAAAAUAAAACGUUAAAGCACUGG